AUGGGCGCCGGCGCCGCCAAGCAGCCGACAGCGCCCCUGCUGGACCGGCUCACAGGCCGAGAGCCCAUCCCAUCGGACGAUCGCUUCUGGCAGGAGCUGCUGGCGUCGGCCGUCUCUUUGCCCGCCGGCAGCUCUGUGGAGGACGUCACCGCCAUCUCGAGAGCGUACUGUGCGGAGCUGGUGCGGAACAACCCACGCAGCGGCAACUUUGGGGCGCUGGCGGCUGCGAUGGCCGAGCGGCUCGGCCGCGCCACAAGAUCGGCGGCGACCGACACUGAGAUGCAGCAGGCGUGCGGCGCCGUGUUCCUCCUCCGGACCUUCCUCAAGCACAUGCUCGAGACGCUCGAGCCGGAGGACGCGCUGCUCGGCGCCGCGGCGAGUUGCCGGCUGGAUGACGUGUCGUACGCGCUGCACAUGGAGGUGCUCGCCGCGCUGACCGUCUGCCUCUCCGCCCAGCUCUUCUCCGAGCUCUCCGCCUCCGUGCCGCUGCCGACGGUGACGGCGGCGCUCGGCGCGCCUCCGCCGCUCGCAGAGGCGCUCGUCGCGCGGCUGCUCAAGCUCUACAUCGACCAGCCGCCACGGCCAGCCAACCCCGAGGGGCGGCUGCUCGGCUCGAUCGGCUCGAUGCUCUGGCUACCGCUCCAGGACCGCCGCGCCGGCCUUGCGGAGCCGCCGGUCGAGCUGGCGGACCGGUCGCUGCAGGUGCUGCUGCUGCUGACGCAGCACCUUCCUCCCGCCCUCUUCCCCGACCCGAUGCUCUCCAACCACUUUCUCGCCGCGCUGCGGUGCGUGGGAGAUGCCGACUCGGCGUGCGGCAGCGGCGCGGAGGCGGAAGAGGGGCGCGCGAGGCAGGGCGCGGGCUUCUCGGACCUGCAAGAGGACCUCGCCGCCCUCACUCGGCGCCCUCCGCUGUGGGCAGGCAACCGCGAGCUGCUCGACCACGCGCUCUCGCGCUCGGACCCGGACGCGCUGCUGCUGCCGCUCCUGAGGACGCUGGCCGGCAUGCUCUCGCCCGCGUGUCGGCUGCGCACGUCGCGGGUCUACAUGCUGCUCAUCAUCCUGCUGAUGCUCUCGCAAGACGGCGGCUUCGUCUCGACCGCCCACGCCGUGAUGCUGCCCACGGAGCGGCUGCUGCACGACAUCUCGGUCGGCUCCCUGCUGGUUGUGGUCCUCGUCCGCACCACCCAGUACAACCUCUCGCGCUUGCAAGACCUCUACGCGCGCUCCCUCGUCACGCUCUACGACGUCCUCGCGCGCCGCUUCCAGAAGCUCGAGGCGAGGCGGGCGCACGCGUCGCCGGCGCUCGGCUCGGCGGCUGACUUCCUGCGCAUGGCGCUCGAGGUGCUCAACGUGGCGCUGGCGGCGCAGGCGGGCCUGCAGCAGAACGAGCACCUCGUGUACGCGAUCCUCGAGAGGCAGCGCGUCUUCGCGCCGCUGCGCGGGCACGAGCUCUUCUGGGACCUGAUCGAGAACGUCUUUCGCGUGAUUGACCACUUUGGUGCCGGCUUGAGCGGGCAGGGCCCGGCUUCCACCAAGGAGUCGCCGCUGCAGCUCGACAAGGACAGCGACCGGCGCACGCCGCCGCUGCCCACGACGGCGCGCUCCUCCUCGGGGAGCGACGGCGUGUGGAGCGUCGACCUGGCCGACAGCCUCGAGCACGUGCCGGACCCGCGCUUCACGUACGAGCAGGAGAGCGCGCCGGAGGAGUUCUUCACGCCCUACAUCUGGUCGCUCGUGCGCGACCGGAGCGGGCUCGUGUGGGACCCCCUUCGCGUCGUCUUGCUCGCCGAGGAGCUCGACGACGAGCCCGCGGACGCGCUGCCCGCGCUCUUGCAAGGCGUCGACGUCGUGGAGGACGUGGACGAGCACGCCACCGCGCCGGGGCCGCCCGCCUGAGAGCGGGGCUGCUUGCCCUCCUGCAUGGGGCGGGGCGGAGAGGGCGACGCGGCCCACAAACUAGGGAGGGGCCCGCAGGCCUUAUAGUGGCGCGUGCGCGGCCGAUCUCGCGAAUGUGCUCCGUUCUCAGAUUCAUCAUCGGACGAGACACGCGAGAUGCCAUGACUGACGAGCGAGGUGCUAGAAGGGUCAUUUUUAUGUUCUAUUUUUAUGCUU